AAACGUGCCCAGCACAAGCAAAACGUUCACAUCCACGACGCGUGACUGAAAGCGGUCAAGGCGAUUGCCAUGGUGCGUCUCUACUUCCGCGAGUACACGAUGACGACCGAUGGCUGGCUCAACGUCGUCGAGGUGGUGAUCGGCGCCAUCCUCUGGGCGAUGUACCAUUGCCUGGGCGCAACGACGCCGAGCGAGCAGUUCCUACACAGCUGCGUGUGCGUUUUCACGAUCAACGGAAUUUUCUUCCUCAUGUCGUCUACAAUGAGCAUCACGACGGCCCUCAUGCUCCCCAGAUUGUUUUAUUACAACCUUUUUCAACUCGUCGCAGCAGGAUGUUACAUAUUUGGCGGAGUCGGCUGCGUUGGCAACUCAUCUUUCAUCGAUGGCGUGACCGCGAUUGUCGGCGGGGGCUUUCAUCUCGUCCAUUUUAUUUAUUCGAUUCUCAGCUACUGAGAGUGGCUGGAGCUCAAACUGGCGUGCUCACGGGCCUCAUCUCACUGCAUGUGGCUUACACGCACGAUUGUACAUAGGCGAGAAGUUGCACAAAUUUAAUCCACUGAGGACCUGCGCUGUGACAAAAUAAAAUUCGGACUGGUGACGCACCAAGCAGGGGCCUAUU